CAUAGACUAGAUGGAGAACGCGGCCACCUUUCAAAAAGAAUGCAGUAGGCAUGCUGAAGGAGGAAAUCUCCAUUGGCCGAGUAGCCGCAAUGGUCGCCCGUGCCUGGCCAAUCACCACACCACUACUCGAGGUGCAUGAUAGACAGGGAUCAGAAGCGGAGCUGACACGUCACACACACACACAUAGACAGCAAAAUUGUCUUGGUUCCCCUCUCAAUACCCCUCAAUCCCAAACUCUGUCUGAUCAACCAUCCGAAAGCGUGUAUAUCAGACAAAAUAACGGUGGAAAGCGGCGACUAAAUCGCAAUGAGACGUAUUCGAGCCUGGGGCCAGGACAGCUCAGAGAGAAAACAUGAAACACCGGAACACAACGAUUCCAAGGAGAAAAGGUCGAUAAAGGAUCGGUUGAGAACGAAGUUCUCCUCGCGGCACUAUGACGAUGAUGCGAUACCGAAGAGGACGGGGGGCGAAAGGUCCAGUUGUCUUGAACCAGUUCAUCAUGGCCAUGGGUCUAGUCGGCCAGGAAGCGCAUCUGAAUGCGGUGAGACGCCUAGAGCAAACUCUCCUUCAUUGAGGGAGUCCACGAAGACGUUAGAAGAGCUGGUGAUGAAAAAUCUAUGGCAAGUCGCCCUCGAGGAAUUGCGAGAAAAGGAGGGGCGCCUGGUUGCGGCGUAUGAGCAGGAUCUGGCCAAAGCGUCCAACAAAAAUCAGAAUGGAGAAAAACAAGUGCAAGGCGGUCCACUUGGCAGGACGGAACCGCAUCAGCAGCUUGUACGCGAAGCUCUUCAAAGAUUGGAGGAUGGCCAGCUCGUCAUACCCAGACGAUGUCGUCAAAGUGCGAUCGGGAAUCACGUUCAGCGCAUCGUCCAGAUUGUUCUGUCUGUCAAGGAUGUCAUAUCGCAGGCAGUUAGCGCGGAACCUCAUGCCUCUCUUGCUUGGGCAGGUGUUCUGGUUGUGCUUCCUGUGAGUAUUCACCUGCAGAACUUUGAUCUCAUCAACUGACUCUUGAACAAGCUACUCUUGAAGCCAUUCACCCAGCUCGAAGAAGCAGCAAAUGGUAUCGAGUUCAUUUCAAGGUUGUUGAUUCGAUAUCAAGUCAUUCAAGGCUCUCAUCUCCAGGUAUUCAUCGUACCACCUGUUCAAAGUGAAAGCAUGACUAGCGUCGACCGCU